AUGAACGCCCUUUCACAACCUGAGAUUAAUUUCAUCAAAGAGGGUAUUAAAACAAAUAUUAGAACAGAUGGAAGAGCCAACAUUCAAUUUAGAGAGAUUAAAUGUGAGAAAGGAGUAAUUGAUCAAGCAAAUGGAUCUGUUAGAUUAUGUCUUGGUAAAACUGAAGUUGUUGUUGGAGUAAAAUGUGAGUUAGGAGAACCAUCAAUACUAACUCCAGAAAGUGGAAGAUACAACGUGUUAGUUAAACAAGUUGGAACAAUGACAAGUCGUGAUGUUGAAAUAGAGAAAAUGAUUCUUGUUUCACUUGAAAAUGCAGGAAAAGAUAUGUUACAAGAACUGUGUGUAUUAAAAGGGAAAUUGUGUUGGAUUAUUUAUGUUGAUGUAGUUGUAGUAGAAGAUGAUGGAAAUGUUAUGGAUUGUACUGGACUUGCUGUAAGAGCUGCUUUAUUAAAUACAUUAAUUCCAAUAGUUAAUGUAAUAUCAGGAGAUUCUGAUACAGUACAAGUUGAUAUAGACAAAGACAAUGUUCAAUUUAAAAAAUUUAAACCAGAGUCAGUUCCGUUAUGUGUAAGUUUAGUUCAAUUUGAAAAAGAAUUUAUUGCUGAUCCAUCCAAAGUUGAAGAAAAAUGUAAUGGUUCAGAAAUAACUACUGCAAUAACUUCUAAUGGGAAAGUAUGUGGUAUACAAAAAGGAGGAAAUGGAUGUUUUAAAACUGAAGAAAUGUAUGAUAUGAUUAUUCAAGCUCAAAUGAUUGGACUGAAAUUAUUUAAAGAAUUAGAUGAACUUUUAGAAGAAUAA